AUGGCAGCAAAUGAUGUGCCAUGCUGUGAGCCCAUGUUCUGGGUUUACCUAAUGAUCUGCAUAGCUCUUGCGGGGCUCAUGUCGGGAUUGACUCUAGGACUCAUGUCCAUCAGCUUAGUCGACCUUGAGAUACUCGCUAAGGCUGGUCAGCCCCAGGACAGAGAGAAUGCUGAGAAGAUUCUCCCCAUUGUUAAAAAUUAUCACUUGCUCCUCUGCACCCUUCUCAUAGGAAAUUCCCUAGCCAUGAAGGCACUUCCAAUCUUCCUUGACGCACUUCUUCCAGCAUGGGGAGCCAUACUAAUAUCAGUCAUGGAGGUAAGAUUUCCAAGUUCCCGCCCAAAUGUCUCUUGCUCUCGAUAUGGACUCAGCGUCGGCGCUAAGCUCUCUGGCAUUGUUCGGUUGUUGAUUGUCGUCACCUUCUCUCUGUCCUACCCGAUUAGUAAGGCACUUGACUGGCUUCUUGGGAGAGGGCACUCGGCACUUCUAAGACGGGCCAAGCUUAAAAUGUUCUUUGAUAUGCAUGGAAACGAUGUUAGAACCUCAAUAUUUUUAUUACGUUUCAGGAUUCGACUAUCAGUUUGUUCACAAAGAACAAGUGUACAUAUCGAGAAGCUCUCACUCCCUGCACUGGAACUCAAAGCUCAGCAGUUGCAAGGCAGCAGAGAAGAUCAAAUUCGAAUCAUCAGUCGAAGAAAUGAAACCGUUCAGGGGACUUUUGUAUCACGAGAGGAUUGGGAAACUGUAAUACAGACCAAUGAGGAGGUUAUUGGAAUCAUCACUCUAGAGGAUGUGAUCGAGGAACUUCUGCAGGAAGAAAUACUAGAUGAGACCGACAAGUAUUUUGAUGUUCAUAACAGAAUUAGUGUUAACAUGCUGGGCUUGAGAACAAUUUUAUCGAGGUCGCCCAGAAUGCCUUAAAUGAACGGGCAAUCUCUGGACUUUCGUCCCACCAACACACUCCAAUUUCUGUCAUGUAACCACACUCUCAGUUCUUGGGUCCCCGGUUACUCCGUUGAUCCAAUCUUCAAUUGUAAGGCCAACCUUUAUGGAUCUCCUCGAGAUUCUGUUAUGACGUCCAUGUCAAGCUAUGCCGGCCCCAUGACAAGUUCAACAACGCUGAAAGUCAUACGAGAAGCUGAAGAAAACAAGCAUUUCGUGAGUCGUGACACCUUCAUUCCAUCGGCCUGCUAAAAGGAAAGCGAAGGCUUCCCAGAAAUCUAGGGGGGAAUAUCAAGGAAAAUUCCCCGAUCGAAUCUGCAGUGGACAUACUUCCUUUUCCUUUUAUGUUGUUUCGUGUAUUCAAGAGUUAGGCAGAGUUUCAGCUCCUCAUUUAUGCACAACGAAAGCAGCUCCAAAAGAUUAUGAUUUUCUUUGUAAUCCAAUUUCAUCCUUUGCGUUGCUUCAUCAUGCCCUUGGAAUGUUUUAUAUUUGUAUCAUAUGAUCAAUUGGGUAUGGCUCA